GCGCCAAAGGCCCUACCUCAAACCAUGCCUUUUUCAGGCUCCUAACUGCAGCUUUGACGCAAAGAUUACCUAUGUUAUGCCGGCUCGCUGGACAGAAUACUGCUCUCUCAUCUGCCAGCUUCCUCGACCAACAACACUCAAACUCUGCAAAGCAACUCUUGGAACCACUUCCACAGUACAAGCCCACCAAUCCGCAGCUCAGAAGUCACGUUGUUGCGUCAACAGACCAGGACUUACAUAGUUUGAUAAAUCUCUUCUUCGAAGCCCAAGGUUCAGUCUUGCCAUAUGUCGACAAAUACGCACUCAGCUUCAAUGGCGCCCGAUCCCUCCUGGAAUCGUUUCACAACAGCUCAAACGCUAAGAAGGCAUUGCUGAAUAUCAUGUUUGCUCAUGCGGCACUUGCCAAGUCAUUUCCAGACGCCGAGGCAUUUUACCGCCGUACGCUUGCACUUCUCGAUGGAUUGUCUCUUCGUGGCUCCAGUUUGGAACUUGGUAUGUGAGCACAUCUGACCGAAAACUCUCCCACUUAUGCCGUGAGAUGACUUACUAUCCAAAGUACAAGCGGUUCUACUGCUCUGCAAUUUCCAACAGAAUACACAACGCUCCAUCGCAAGUUGGACCUACCACGCAAUUGCAGUCAAGGCAGCUUUUCAAAUGGGAUUGCAUACGUCUGACCUUUAUGAAGGGAAAAAUGCUCAUUAUUGUGAGAUUUUGAGAAGAGUCUGGCUUGGUGUCAUCAUACAGGAUAACACCUUGAGUAUGGCGUUGGGGCGACCUCGUUUGAUCCUUCCACC